AUGAAAGCAACUGUUCAGUUUGAUGGGUCUUCUGACAGCUUUGAGGUUAAAAGCAGAGUAAAGCAAGGAUGUGUUCUUGCCCCUAUGCUCUUUGGAAUCUUCUCAGUACUCCGGCACUGCGCGUUUAAAGACAUGGAAGGUGGAGUGUACCUUCAGACAAGAUUGGAUAGGAAACUCUCCAACCUGUCACAACUCAAAGCAAGGACUAACGAGAGGAGGUCUCAUAACAGAUGGAACUUGAAUGUGAUAAAGAAUGGCCAUUUCUAUGAUCCUAUCUUUAGUAACUCCUGUCUCUAUGAAAGCACUAUUAUUAUAUCAUGCAUGGAUGCUUGUUCACUAAAUAACAUCACUUUUCCACUCUGUGGUUUUAACAAUUCUUAUGAAAGCUUCCUUCGACAUAAAAGGAAAAACCAGACUGUCUUUUUGAAGGCCUUUGUUAAUCAAUCCAAUAUUCAGAAUAUUCCAAGUGUUUGCCAAGUCUCCAGUAGUGAACAGCAACAACGUAUUGUAAACUCAGAAGUUUCAAGAGUGAAUGGAUCAUUAGAAAUGAAAGCAAAAGAUUUUAUUUUUUUCUAUAAACAUUUCAAUUUCACUGUGGCUCAUGAGAAUGAAGAGAGUGAAGAAUUUAACACUUACUAUAUACUGGAAGUCCAAAUUAAAAAGUCUACAAGCAGAAGAGGAAACACAACAGAUGAAAACAUAUAUUACUCAUGUAUAACAGCAAUGAUGGAAGACCAGAAUGACUGUAUAAAUAUUUCACUGAAACUAACAUCUUUCAUGGAAAAUCCUAUGUGUCCACUGAAGAUCCUUUGGUUUGUUCUUCUUCCACUAGUUUUUGUGCUUACAGUCAUUGUUGUUACCUUCAAAGUAUUUCAAGAAAAUAAAAAACAUACCAAUAGCAAAAGUGCAAGAAUGGCUUCUGUUAUCCUACAAAAAGAAGAAUAUAAACACCCAGGAGAAUCUACAGCUACUAAUGGCAUUCCGCUCCUUUCAGAGGAGACCCACCAACGAAGACCCUCAGCUAAUGUACAAGCAACAAAGAUACUGCCUGCAAUUCCUGAACAGGAGUUUCCUCAUUGCAGUGCAUCAAAUAUUUCAACCAAGGGUCAGAUUUGAAUUGACACUAGCUACGUGUAUGGAAGGUUUGAUGACUGCUACACAUCCCCUUGGGCUACCCAGCUCAAAUGAAAGGUUGGAAGGCCUUUGGCUACUCAGUCUAUACACAUGCAGUGAAAUCCAUUUAAGCACCUGCCUUUAUGAAGAAACCAAGCACCCCCAUGAGGCAUACCACAUUCCAGGAAAAUCAGAGUAAGCAUCUGGAUUUUAGAGCACUUUAAGCAGAAAGAGGUUGUCAACUUUAACUUUAGCAAAGCUGCCUCUCUAGUGUAAUUCUCUGAGUCUAAGGUCGCUCUUAGACCUGCUUUUUCAGUUUGGGAUCAGACUUCUGUAUUAGGACUACUUAGAAUCACCUCAAGUAACUCAUUAGAAUGAAGUGGGUAGGAAGGUGAUUGAAGACAAUUUAUUUUUAUGUUUUAAAUUUGUCCAUUCCCCUCUGUUCGCUCCAUGUCCUCUUUUGCAUGUGCAAAGUCUGGCAAGCCAGGCUGGCAGUUCAUGGUCUGUAAAGACCCUUUGGCAUCCUGAAUACAUUUAGGUCUUUGCUUCUGUAUUUAAGGAUCUGUAAUCUAUUGCAACUUAUUCUGUGAGGAAUACAUUGAAAAUGUUUCUGUUGCUGGGCUGUAGCCAGUCCAGUUUUCACUGGUGCACUCCUUUCCCUAUUAGGAGCACUUAUACUGCCGCUGUUUUGAGGUAGCUGAGGCCUUGUUACAGUCAUUUAUUAAUUUAUUUAUCUAUACUGUAGUUAAGAAAAAAACUCACCUACAGCAGAAGUCAAAUUGUAUUGAGUGGAUGAGUGUGCCUAACAGAUGCCCUCAAAAUAGUGGUACCCACCCAGUAAAGAUAGCAGCUAUCUGUUGUACCAACAGUUAGUGCAAGUUAGAGGAAAGAGAAAUAGGUGGAGGUGGUUCCUGUCUGCAACACCCACUUCCUGAUGGUGAACUGCACAGUUUGCUAAUACAUUGCUCUUGCUGAUAGUUAGAGACAGGUCAGUAACCAAUGACACAAAUGCAUCAUCUCAAAGUGGUACUAUCUGUUGAUGUGAUUGUCCCUUCUCAUUCUUGGGAGAGCUCUUUGGGUAGAGACUGGAAUUAUUGUUAAAUAUGUAAUCCUACCUGUAUAAUCCUACCUGUGCACCAUUCCUUCCUGUUCAUCUGUUACUGCUGUUGGUAAUGUUCCUGAUUUUCCUUUUGUUUAUUAAAUUUAUUCAGAGAGGAGUCACCCUCUGAUUUUAUUACAAACAACAUCUGACUCUGUGUCUGUCACUUGCUAAGGUGGAAAAUACCAAUGUGGUGAAGCCAGCUCACUCUUAUUUUCAUAGUGAAUGGUAAAAGUAAGUCUCCUUACAUGAAGACCUGAGUAAAUUUUCAUUGUCAAGAAACAUCUUAAAGUUCUCUUGAAACAGGCCUUUAUAACUCUCUAAAACAUCUAGGAGAAAGGUUUGAUCCAAAGCCCACUGGACACAAUAGGAGUCUUUCUAUUUUUUUUCAAUAGG